AUGGCGAGGAAACUGGCGACAAUCCAACCCAACACGGCCGACCAACCCCCCAUGCAAAACCUGCCAUCGCAACCGACCUCCCCUACGUAUACGAGAGCUGCGCAAUGCAAGAGGCCGAGAAAGGCCUGCUACGCGUGCAGGAAGCAUAAAACAAGGUGUACAGGAGAGCCGUGCAAGCGAUGUCAGGAUGUCGGUCUUCUAUGCAGCAGCGUUACAAAGAAGGCGAGACAAACCGUGCUCGAGGGGUAUGUGGACGCACUCGAAAAUACGCAGUCCACCUUAGUGGAGGCCAUCAAGACGCUAUAUGCUAUGGUCCGGAACGGGGACAAACUACGGGCGGCCAAGCCCGGCGAGCUGAGCGACGACGAAAUGACGAUAAGCGGUAUACUAUCGCAGCUUCGGUGUAUGGAACCCGAGGUAAAGGUCGAAUCUCCUUCGGAUCCAAGCUUGUCCGAGGAACAGAUCCCACGGUGCACUGGGGAAGCAGGUAUGGAAGUGGAGGAGAUGCCACGGACGGUCCAAAACGAGCUGGGGACCCGGUUUGAAGACAGCGUCAACAUUAUGGAUUAUCACGGAUCGAACACAGGGGGCUAUGUCGAGAAUAGGGUGCCGGAAACAGUCCCAUCCCAAUACUCCUACGAUUUUGGCCCGUAUGAGGACAUCAUGUCAACCUUUUCCGGACUACCCAUAGCCGAUUGGGGGCAUCAGGAUGCUGUUACGACCCAAAGGGCGACCCCUCCGAAUCGGAAGAAUACAGGACCCGUAGGAUGGAAUCACGUGAUAGCACGAAUCGCAUAUUGA